AUGUCAAGUCUAGCUUUAUACACUCUCAAACAAUUAGUCAAACGAGCCGUAUCAGAUGAUUUAGACGAUUCACCAGAUACUCCAGCAGUAGGAGAUGACCCGUUGGAAGAUUCCAACCCCGUUGAAAAUGAAAUCUUUUCUUCAUGGGCAUUAUUCAUUUUGUUAUUGUUGUUGAUGUUGGCUUUAUGGUCGUCGUAUUUCCUACAACAGAGGAGGAUUAAAGCCAUUCAUGAAACUGUAUUGUCAAUCUUUUGUGGUAUGAUUGUCGGUUUGAUUAUUAGACUUAGUCCUGGCCAUUAUAUACAAGAUGCAGUCAAAUUCAAUCCGGGAUACUUUUUCAAUAUAUUGUUGCCUCCCAUCAUUUUGAAUAGUGGGUACGAACUACAUCAAGCAAAUUUUUUCAGAAAUAUUGGUAGUAUCUUGACAUUUGCCAUUCCAGGGACAUUUAUAUCAUCGUUAGUAGUGGGGAUUAUUGUGUACAUAUGGACAUCAAUUGGAUUGGAUAGUGUUAAGUUGGAGUUUGUUGAUGCAUUGGCAGUCGGAGCUACAUUAUCAGCCACUGACCCGGUAACAAUUUUGUCCAUAUUCAAUGCUUAUAAGGUUGAUCCAAAGUUGUAUACAAUUAUCUUUGGGGAGUCCUUGUUGAAUGAUGCCAUCUCCAUUGUCAUGUUUGAAACUUGUCAAAAAUUUCAUGGACAACCAGUCAAAUUUUCAUCAUUGUUUGAAGGUAUUGGCUUGUUUUUGAUGACAUUUACCAUUUCAACAAUCAUCGGCAUUGCCAUUGGUAUACUAGUGGCGUUAAUUUUAAAACAUUCACAUGUGAGGAGGUACCCCCAGAUUGAAACUUGUUUGGUUUUGCUUUUUGCCUACCAGUCAUAUUUCUUCUCCAAUGGUGCUCAUAUGUCAGGUAUUGUAUCUUUGCUAUUCUGUGGAAUCACACUAAAACAUUAUGCCUACUACAACAUGUCUAGACGUACUCAAAUUGCUACAAAAUACAUUUUCCAAUUACUAGCACAAUUAUCAGAGAAUUUCAUUUUUAUUUACCUCGGCUUGUCAUUAUUCACCGAGGUUGAGCUUGUGUUUAAACCAAUGUUGAUUAUUGUUGCAUUUAUUUCCAUUUGUGUUGCUAGAUGGUCAGCAGUUUUUCCAUUAUCAAGAUUUCUCAACUUUUUGUACCGCGCUAGGCUUGAGAAAUAUAGUGGUAUCUCAAGCAUGAACUCCAAUGGCAGCUUGUCGUUAAAUGUACCUGAUGAGAUUAGCCAUUCGUACCAAAUGAUGAUUUUCUGGGCCGGUUUGAGAGGAGCAGUGGGUGUUGCGUUGGCUAUGGGAUUUGGUGGUGACGCCAAAUGGACCUUGCUCGCAACAGUGUUGGUUGUUGUUGUGCUAACUGUCAUUUUGUUUGGUGGUACAACAGCGUCGAUGUUGGAGAUUUUGGGUAUAAAGACCGGAUGCAUUGACGAAACUGCAGAUUCCGAUGACGAGUUUGACAUUGAAGCACCUAGAUUCCCGCUUCAGGCAAACCUCACCUCACAACCAAACAUUCUUGGAAGUAGGAGAUUCAUGAAAUCACAACAAAAAGUUGCCCCGUUCAAAGAUAGCACAUCCAAUAACUCAUCAGCGGUUAAUUUACUCGACAAUGAAGCAAACCCAAAUAUUGACGAUGGUGGAGACGACGAAGAGGAGUUGAUUGGCAGCGAUGUUGACGAAUAUAGAUCAGGAUCAAUGUCAUCACCAAUUUACAACAAUUCAACAUCCAAUGGUGAUAGAGGAGUCCUAGGAGCUAUUCUCAGUGCAGAGGAACACGCUAGAUGGUUUACUAGAUUCGACGAAGAGGUUUUGAAGCCAGUUUUAUUAGACACGGUACCUGGUAUCCAACCCAGUGCCAACAAUAGUAGCAGUACAAACUUGAGUGGUAGCAGAAGGGAUUAA